AAACAUCAAUUUGAAAUUCUGCAAUCAUGUCUGGUCGUGGCAAGGGUGGAAAAGUCAAGGGCAAAGCUAAGACGCGCUCCAGCAGGGCCGGUCUUCAAUUUCCAGUGGGUCGUAUUCAUCGUCUCCUGCGUAAAGGAAACUAUGCAGAACGUGUCGGCGCUGGAGCCCCAGUGUACCUGGCUGCAGUCAUGGAGUAUUUGGCGGCCGAGGUUCUCGAGUUGGCAGGCAAUGCCGCUCGUGACAACAAGAAGACCAGGAUCAUACCAAGGCAUCUGCAAUUGGCCAUUCGUAACGACGAGGAGUUGAACAAAUUGCUCUCGGGAGUUACUAUUGCCCAGGGUGGUGUUCUCCCGAACAUCCAGGCAGUUCUGUUGCCGAAGAAGACCGAGAAGAGCAGCUCUUAA